AGACUUAAUCUUCUCCCAAACAGCUCUCAAUAACAAUUGAAGCACAGAUUCGUGAAGAUGGAGAGCAAGGGAAAGAAGAGAAUGGCUGUAUUGGUAGGGUGCAAUUAUCCAAAAACAAAGAACGAGUUGCAUGGCUGCAUUAACGACGUCGUAGCCAUGAGAGAUGUGCUUAUCAACCGAUUUGGGUUCCAGCCUGCCCAUGUCCAGCUCCUUACAGAUGCACCUGGGUCCUCUUCCUCUCCACCGCUAGUGAUGCCUACUGGUGCGAACAUAAAGAAGGCUCUUGAUCAGAUGGUUGAUGAGGCUCAACCAGGAGAUGUCCUCUAUUUUCAUUACAGUGGACAUGGAACUAGAAUCCCUUCGUUGAAGCCAGGCCAUCCGUUUAGACAGGAUGAGGCUAUUGUCCCCUGUGACUUCAAUCUCAUCACAGAUAUGGACUUCCGGCAACUAGUGAACCGGCUACCAAAGGGAACGAGCUUCACAAUUCUAUCAGAUUCAUGCCACAGUGGAGGUCUCAUUGACAAAGAGAAAGAACAAAUUGGACCAAACUCACUAAUAAAAUCUAAUGCAAACAAGCAAAUCUCUCACAAACCUAAAGCCAUCCCGUAUGAAUCCAUACUCCAACACUUGACAUCUCUCACAGGCAUAAACACAACUGACAUUGGAACUCAUUUGCUAGAGUGCUUUGGAGCCAAUGCCAGCUUAAGCUUCAGAAUCCCAAUGCUUGAAUUAGACAAUUUUCUUCAAGUGUUGAAGUCUGAUGAGGGGAUUCUGCUAAGUGGGUGUCAAGCAAAUGAGACUUCUGCUGAUAUGAACCCAGUUGAGAGUGGGGGAAAAGCUUAUGGAGCAUUUAGCAAUGCAGUGCAAAUGGUGUUGAAAGAGCAUUCAGGUGAAUUGAUCAGCAAUAGGCAGUUGGUGAUGAUGGCUAGACAAGUGUUGGAGGUUCAAGGGUUUGAGCAGCAUCCUUGCUUGUAUUGCAGUGAUGAGAAUGCUGAUGCUGUUUUCUUGUGGCAGCCAGAAAGCCAGAGCCAAUGCUAGCUUAUGUUUGUGUAUGAUGCUCUUGUUGUGUUUAUUGCUCCAUGGCAAUUGCUUUGUUGAAUUAAUAAUUGCUUUUCAAUAAUUAAUAAAAUUGGCAAUAUUUAAUAUUGCGAAUUCA